CAGCAUUCAAGCACUGAUUGUCGUAUCUAUCGCGGUGCUGAGAUCUCAAAUCCAAGUUAAUAUUCUGCCAUUCAUGAAAGAAAAAGAAAUACAACCUGUAAUGCAAACCAACGUAGCCAUGGCCGGCAUGUUCACUAUGCUCAAUAACAGCCAUUUGCGUCUUGAUGGUUCUGGUUCUGGAGGAGCUUCAAGUAGUUGGGAUGACGGAGGAGGGCGAUCUUCUCCUGGAAGUCGUUCACCGUUCCUGGCAAGAAAACUGAACCAUUUAGGUACAACGUCACCGAAGGAUAUUGGAACGUGUCGACCUGCGGCGGGCAGAGAAAGACUACCGCGAAGUAUUCGAAGGCAACAAAUCUACCAUCUGCAUCCCUUCAUUCGUCGCAGCGUGUGUACGAUUAUUUUAGCGGGUUUCGCCUUGACAACUGGUUUAGUAUUUCUCCUGCUUGAUAUUUUGGUUUUAAAUCAACCUAUUUCAAUUCGUGGUUUCGUUGUAACGGGCAUGGGCUUGCUGGUCGGAGUACUCGGAUUACUUUGGCUGAGACACAGCUUUGGGCAGCUAAAGUUGCUUAGAGAAAACUUGGAAAAGGCGAGAGAGGCAAAGCAAAAGCACGUGAAAUCCCAGUACCAACUAACAAACAUGAAUUUCCCACAUGCUAUGACGACAUUGGUAACCGAAUGUGCUGUGCGUCGACCACCCCAUACUCACGUUGCCGCAGAAAAAACGAAAAUCAAGUUUAGACUGACGACGCCAAGUGGUAACAGCUAUGCAGAUGAAUUCGGUGUUGAUUCGGAAUCAGAAAAUGACAAAACCUGCAUCGAAAAGAGUACUUCCCGCAUACCCUCUGUCCAAUACAACAAAGGGAACGGGAGCAAGAACCUUGAAAUAAAGUACAGGACUGCUGAAAUUUCAAGUGCAGGCCGGAAGAAAUUUGAACUUCAGCAAACGGAUCGCAGAAGCCUCGACUCAAGUUAUUUUUCAAAGCCGAGUAACCGCAAUUCAAAUUAUUCAGAAAAUAGUUUCAUUGAAGAGACCACCCUAAGAGAGUUCGUUACGUGCAACCACACGAACGCAAUUGAAAUCGUGCAGCUUCCAAAGUCUGUAAAAACAUCAUUCUAUUGAUUAUACCUUAAUCGACUUUUAUACACAAUAGGGUGGGGGGAGACAUGACACCCUUUUAUCUCUAUUUUUCGUCCCUUUUAGUAGUAAACAAAAAA